AUGUCGACUGACGCUCAGGCCAGGAUUCUUAUUAUUGGAGGCGGAGUCGGUGGCUUGACGCUUGCCCAAGGUCUUCUAAAGAACAAGAUCCCUUUCCAUGUCUUCGAGCGCGAUGAGUCUCAGUCAUUCCGCGCCCAAGGGUACCGCAUUCGCCUUGACGGAGACGCGGUCCAUGCAUUGAAAGAAGUCCUUCCACAGCACACAUGGCAAAGAUUGGAGUCCAGCGCAGCUGCAGAGCGCGAAACAUCUGGAAUUACCAAGAUCGAUGCUCUGUCUGGAGACGAGGUCAAGACAGGCCUCCCUGCAGGGCCACCUGGAGGUCCAGAUGGCUCGAAAGGACUCAAAGGAGCGCAACACACCAAUGAGAGACCGAUCGCCAUUGAUCGAACGAUUAUGCGCGAGGUUCUUCUGUCUGGUCUUGAGCAACACAUUUCGUUCGGGAAGGCAUUCGAGCGAUACGAAAUCCGGAGCUCAAGUGUCACCACAUACUUUGUAGACGGGACUUCUUACGACGGCUGCUUCCUCGUGGGUGCCGAUGGAGUGAACUCGCGUGUGCGCAGGCAAUAUUUUCCACAGCUUUCCAUUGUCGAUACUACUGGUCGUUGCAUCUACGGAAAGACCACUCUUACGCCUACACUGUCUGCCUCCGUGCAUCCAAAGACUCAAAACGGCAUGAUCUUGAUACAGCAACAUUUUGAAGACGGCACGCCUUUGACGCUGUUUCUCGAGCCUAUGCGUUUUCCAGAUCCCGACCUCGUAACGAUCAUGAGUACUGAAACCGGGGCCAAAGAGACUGCCAAAGAUUACAUAUACUGGGUCCUCUUGUCGCAAGAGCAUUAUUUCAAACACACGACUGCUGAUCUUAUACGACUUCCACCAGCACAGGCUGCAGACCUGUCUAUCGAACUGACUCGACAUUGGCACGGCACUGUUACGCCAAUACUUACGCAGCAAAACAAGGCCGCUGCUUCGGCUUUGCGCAUCGUCACCGCGGUCCCGGAUAUGCCCACUUGGAAGCCUUCAAAGUUCAUCAGCGUCUUAGGAGAUGCGGCGCAUCCUAUGCCACCAACUGCAGGUCUGGGCGCUGUCAGUGCCUUGAAAGACGUUGAACGUUUGCUCAUUGCUAUCAAUGAGGGGCUGUCGGAGAAGAGUGUCGGAGCGUACGAGGAGGGCAUGCGAGAAUGGGCUUCAGAGGCUGUGAGAGGAAGCAGGGGUGGUGGUGUGAAGUUCUUUGGACAAGUCGACUUCUCUGAAGCUAAGCCUGUGGAGUUCUGA